AUGCCGACAACCAACCAGGGCUGGCCCGAGGCGUUUGGGUUCAAGAUAGGUGGAAACGGUCCUUGCUACAUCCUUUCUGUAGAAGAGGGCAGCAGUGCUCACGUGGCCGGUCUCCGGCCAGGGGACCAGGUCCUGGAGAUAGAGGGCCAGCCCGUCUCCUCUCUGAGCUGCGAGGCACUCCUCAGCCUGGCAAGGCAGUGCAGCAACGUGCCCCCCAGCAUCGGUGUGGUCUCCCGUGUGCAGCAGGUGGACAUCAAACCUGGCCCCCAGGGAUGCUUUGGCUUCGCCCUGGCAUGCAGCAGUAGUGGCCCCCUGCAAGUGGAAAGUUCCUGCCAAGGGAGGUCUCUGAGGCUGGGACUGCUGAGGCUCGGGCGGCUGCAGAGAUGGACCAGCAGCAGCAUGCGGGAAUUUGUCCAGAGCGCUGAAGCCAUCCACCAGGAGAGGAAACAGAAAGCGCAAGAAUUCAGCAAGAAGGUGGAUGAUAUCCUUGGUGAUCAGCCAGAGGUAAAGGAGAAGGUUUUUGCCAUCCUGAAGCAGUAUGCAGCAGAGAGGAAGGUAGACUACUUGGCUUAUGCCCUCUGCAUGGUUCUCACCCAAGAGUCCCACCAGCUUCUUAUUGACAAUAUCAGGAUUUUCAUCCCCAAGAAGCACCGGCAGCGGUUUGACGAGGUCGUGUCACAGAGCCUGAUCAGCAAACUGUGCCGCUCCAAGAGCGAGCAGCACAGCAACCGGCUGCGGCGCAGCCGUAGCGAGGACCACCAGGAGCGGCUCCUCGUGUCCACCCGGGCCAGCUCUGUGCCCCGCAGCCACGAGGAGGCCAGCAAGAGCCUGAGGAAAACCACUUCCUUGAUCACCAGCAAUGUGGCCUCGGGGGCUGCCCGCAGAACUGUGCGAGUUUAUAAAGGCAACAAAAGCUUUGGCUUCACAUUACGUGGACAUGCCCCAGUGUGGAUUGAGUCCAUUCUGCCAGGAAGCCCAGCUGAGAAGGCUGCUCUCAAAGCUGGAGAUCGAAUCUUAUUUCUCAAUGGUCUGGACAUGAGGAACUGCUCCCAUGACAAGGUGGUGUCGAUGCUGCAGGGCAGCGGGGCGAUGCCUACCUUGGUGGUGGAAGAAGGGAUUGUCAGCUUCUCAAAUGACUCUGACUCUGCUGACUCCCCGAACACCUCCUCCGCUCUCACCUCCCUGCAAUGGGUUGCAGAGAUACUUCCCUCUAGCAUCAAGAUUCAAGGAAGGACCUUCAACCAGCAGCUGGAACAUCUGCUCACACCACCUGAGCGCUAUACCAUCUGCAAAGCACUGGAAGGCUUCUUUCAACAUCGGAAUAUUGACACUCUUAUUGUGGAUGUGUACCCGGUGCUGGACACACCAGCCAAGCAAGUCAUUUGGCAGUUUAUCUACCAGCUGCUGACGUAUGAAGAGCAGGAGCACUGCCAGCAAAAGAUUGCCAGGUUUCUUGGUUACAAGUCCUUGGCAGCUGAGCCAGAAGCAGAAGAACGCCAUCGCAGUUCUGUCCGAGCGGCCUCCUUGUGUCGGGGAAGCCUUCGAACCCCACGCCCUGAGGAAGGGGGAGCAGCAGGCCAGAGCGACACCGUGGAGGUCCCAGUUCGGCUGAUCCCUGGAGAGAGACAAGCUGGUGAUGGCACAUCCCUCCCAGAAACUCCCAACCCAAAAAUGAUGUCUGCUGUCUAUGCAGAAUUAGAAAACCGCCUGAUUGGCAGCUUUGCUGGAAAGAUGGGUAAUGCUGCUCUGCACAGGGCAUCACCGCCUGCACCAGACAAAGCAUAUGCUGCAGGUGCUCGGAAGUCAGGGCUGUCGAUCUCAUGGCACAGUGACCGUCGGCCCUCCCAACAGUGCUACUACCACCUGCACAGCAGCAUCCCGUCCCCAAGCAGCACCGAGUCCAACCCGUACGUCAGCCUUGACAGCAGCCCAGCUCCGUCCCCUAAGCAUGGGGAUUAUUCGCUCAGCCCUCUGUCACGACGGAAGAAGCUCUUCACCUUCUCCAGGCCUCCACGCAGCCGGGACACGGAUCGGUUCCUGGAUGCCCUCAGUGAGCAGCUGGGACACAGGGUCACCAUUGUGGAUGAUUUCCUUACCCCUGAGAACGAUUAUGAGGAGAUGAGUUUCCAUGAUGACCAGGGCAGCUAUGUCACCAACGAUGUCAGCAGCACCAGCGAGUACAUCAGCAGCAGUGAUGAAGGGAGCUCCUUGACCUACUCCACCCUGUCAGACCACAUCCCCCCGCCGCCGCUCACACCGCCCCCUCCACCAGUGCCCUGUGCCCCCCCCCUGCACCGGGGCCUGGUGCAUCGCAGAAGUGAGUCCAACCACAUGAGUGUCAAGAGACUGCGAUGGGAGCAGGUGGAGAACUCGGAAGGGACCAUCUGGGGACAGCUUGGAGAAGACUCGGAUUAUGACAAGUUGAGUGAUAUGGUCAAAUACCUUGACCUGGAGCUGCACUUUGGAACGCAGAAACCUACAAAACCAGCUCUCAUGCCUGAAUCCUUUAAAAAGAAAGAUGUGGUUGAAAUUUUGUCCCACAAAAAGGCCUACAACACAUCCAUCCUGAUAGCUCAUCUCAAGCUCUCGCACGUUGAGCUGCGCCAGAUCCUCAUGACGAUGGAGACUGACCGCCUGGAGCCUUCUCACAUCAAGCAGCUCUUGCUGUAUGCCCCUGAUGGGGAAGAAGUCCAGCAGUACCAGAACUACAAGGAUAACCCCAGCAAGCUGAGUGAGCCAGACCAGUUUGUGUUACAGAUGUUAUCAGUACCAGAAUAUAAGAUCCGUCUGCGCAGUCUUCAUUUUAAGAGCACUCUGCAGGAGAAGACAGAGGAGAUCAAAGCUAGCUAUGAGUGCAUCUGCAAGGCCUCUCUAGAGCUGAAAAGCAGCAAGAAGCUGGCUAAAAUCUUGGAGUUUGUGCUGGCGAUGGGAAACUAUCUGAACAACGGGCAGCCCAAGACCAGCAAAACAACAGGCUUUAAAAUCAACUUUCUCACUGAGCUGAACACAACCAAGACUGUUGAUGGGAAAUCCACCUUCCUGCACAUUCUUGCCAAAUCACUUAGCCAACAUUUCCCAGAACUUCUGGGCUUUGCCAAGGAUCUUCCUACAGUGCCGCUCGCUGCCAAAGUGAAUCAGAGAACAUUAACAGCAGACCUUAAUGAUCUUCACACCACCGUCAGUGACAUACAGAUGGCCUGUCGCAACAUGCCAGCUACUGCAGAGGACAGAUUUGCAAUUGUGAUGACUUCCUUUCUGGAGAGUGCCCAGCCUGCCAUGCGAUCUCUGGAUGAUCUGCAGCACAAAGCCAUGGAAGAAUUCAGCAAGGUGUUAUCCUUUUUUGGGGAAGACUCUAAAGUCACAACUUCUGAAGCUUUCUUUGGCAUUUUUGCAGAAUUCAUAAGCAAGUUUGAGCGAGCACUCAGUGAUGUGCAGGUUGGUGAGUGCCAGCGCAGCCCCAGGAUGACCUCCCCCCUUGCCUGGUGAUAGGCCCAUGGCGAUGUGAGGUGCAACUAUUUAUUGCCAACAAAGUGCAAUUUGCUCCUGUUGAGUUUGGUUGUAAAUAUGCUGCUGUCACCUGCUAGCACCAAGCAGAACCACAGACCAAGGGGAAGGGGCAAUUUAGACCCCAAAAAGGUACCACAGAUGGGCCACGGAUGGAUGCUAGGGUGAGGCACAGGUGUAUGAAGGGAAACACUAUAUUAGUCUUGACAACAUCUUUCGUAGCAUCCUCCAUCUCCAGCAUAUUACUGAAUCAUGGAUUUCAGACACAAUUGGAUAAAAUCUCAUUCUCCCUCAUUUCCAGAACACACCUAACUGGCACCAGCAAUCACUGGAGACUUUUCCAUAUUCUUACAGCCCUUGUGUGGCUAGGUACAGAGUCUCCCCUUCCUUGCAGAACAGAGCCCAGGCCUUUCCCCCAGGCAGGCACUGCUUCCACCUAACAGCCUCAGGGGCCAGGAGUGGAUCACAGCUGCAGAUUCCAUAAGGAACAGGAGCAGGUCAAGCAAAGAAGGGAGCACGUGGGAAUGAGAACUGCUAUCAGUGCUCCCCUUGGCACCCGUAAGAGGAACUGCUGAUGAGCCAGUCUCAGAUCCUUCUCCAAGCCCUGCUGCACUUGAGCAGUGUGAAGUGGGGCUGGAGUUUUACACUGACCUUAACGGCUUAGUGGAGAGGGCAGGAGUUAGCCCAGAGGUUUUAAUCCCCUGCCACAAUUGGCCAGUGACAAUGGAAAGAAAUACAACCUUCCAGGAAACCUUUACGGCACAUCUGUAUGUUCACACAUAUGGAUCCAGUUUGAUUUUACACAGUUGCUUUAGAGAACAAGAAAAGGCCCGGAGUCCUUCCUGGCUGUCAGCUUUGCUUGAAGGUGUGGCAAUGACUGGCAGAUCUUGAAAUCUUCCUGAGAAUUUAAUAUCAGCACUAGACUUACAUGAACUUGCCAGGAGGCAUAAAUCCCUGACUAUUUUGGGGCCUCCUUGGAAAGUACAGAACCCCUGGUAGUCUAAGCAUUAAUGGGAGUCCUUUGAAGCCUGCAGUACAGCUUCUGAGGCAAGCCAGAGACCAGUGAGAAAUGUAUUGCACGCCGCCUUUUCAUUCAUCCCUGAGGGCUGCAGUCCUCCGAGUCCAUCUGACAUAAUGUAUGAUUUGACCAUUCUUUCGUGCUGAAUAUAUCCAGGGAACUCUAAAAGCAUACAUAUCCAUCUUUCAAUGACCCCGAUUAUUAUUUUGAUAAAUUUAAUUCUCUGAGAUGUCCUCUGGAAUGAAAGGGCUAGCAGCAUUCUGUGGUCAGUACAUGCGCCUUCAGGUGGGACGGUGCCCCAAGAGCUUUAUGGCAGUGAAAUUACAGUGCGUUAAUAUUGUGAGGCAUUACUUUGUGCAAAGUGCAUCUGUUGCCUUUCAAAUCUGACAUGCUCAAAUAUCCUACGCUGUCAAAGCGCUCCAGCAAAGCCGUAGCUUAGAUAACCUUCUUCACGUUCAAUGGCAGAGCAAGAGCUCUUAACUGUAGCCCCUGCUGAAAGUACAGAAUCACCACCUGGUGCAUUAUUUAUGGGAGACCUUAUGAUCAUCAAAUCUUUGGUUUUCAAUACCCACGUGGUUUUCUUUUUUUUUUUUAAACCCUGCUGUAGAACGUGAAGUAUAUUUUCACAAGUGUUUUCAGUUUAUAGAGCUUUAAGUGCCAGGUAGUUUAUAGCAUUGUGUUAUCGGAGGCCCAACCUUCUCCGUCUCUGUCUUUUCUCUCCACUGAUAGUGGUGAUAGGUCAAUGAAUGCUCAUCUCUAGUUUCUGUUUUGGAUGUUUCACACUGCAUUCAAAUUAUUUUUUUUUCUAAAAACAUAUUGAGUAUUUAAACCACCGGAGGUUAUUUUGAAACUGUCAUUAAAAAUGUGAAAAUGCUGUAUAUAGAUUUUGCUACAUGUUGUAACUUUCCAAAAUAGUUAGAACUCCAGUCCCUUUAGUAUUUUUAUGUGAAUAUUUUCAAAGAAUCAGAACUUCCGAGAUACGGUUAUAUUAUUUGGUAAUGGGACUAUGUAUAUUCACAGUUCAGUCUCUACCCAAUGCCUAUGUGCUAUUCCCAAAAUAAAGCUACUGCCUUCUGCCUCCU